CCAGCGAGGCGGGGCCGUGGGGAGGGGGGGAGCGUGAAGCGCGUGCAACUCUCCUCGGAAGAGCGCGCGCUGGAGAAAAGCGCCGUCAUUGAAAACCGGCGCGUGCCUCUGGUGGUUGCUGUGCCUCAGCCGGCUUCACCCCGGCCCCGCCCCUCAACGGCUCCUGCUCGCGACGCCUGCCCAGAUGGAGGGAAAAGGCGGGAAGCGGUGGAGGGGGAAGGUAUUAUUGAGACCACUAUUAAUUCCAACUGCAGGUGCAAAUAUCUGCUUCUUACGACCAAAUCAAAGGAACUGUUAAUAAUUCUACAAUGUUACAACCAUUACCAAGUGACUCUGGUGAAUCUUGCAAUGGUAUCAGUGCUUUAUCUCAGGAUGCUGCUUCUGUCUGUGAUGAACUUACUGAAGUCAAAGACGCAAUUGUUAGCAUUACAACUACUAAAUCAGAAGAAGUUUUACAAAAUUCAGAUACUGAAGAAAACAGCCACAACCUACCAGUUUCACAAAAUGUGGUAGAGGAAGGACCCACCUGUUCUCAGAAAAAUUAUUCCAGUCCUCAAAUGAUAAUCUGUCAACUGAAAAGUGGCACUCAUAUAUUCUGCAUAAACAAUACUGAAACAAGAGAGUUGAAAGCAGUUCAUUUAGUCCCUCAAAAUCAAGAGCAGCAAAAGUAUCUCCAGCCAGGUAUUGCAAUUCUGGAAAAUAAAGACAAUAUAUCAGAGGCAAGUAACUCUAUAACAUCUGUACUGGGACAGUUUCUGCCAGUUAUGGGUAAAUUGAAUGUAUGCGCACAAGAGCUUGAUAAUGGAUCCACCCAUAUCUGCCAUUCAGAUCCAAAUUUUCAGGAGUCAACCAAAUUGACUUCAGUUGGGUUGCCUUGUGGUUCCUGGGAUGCAAAGUCAAAAAGGCCUUGUAACUGUACUAAGUCACAGUGUCUCAAAUUGUACUGUGAUUGCUUUGCCAAUGGUGAUUUCUGCUGUAACUGCAACUGUAAUAAUUGUUACAAUAAUCCACAACAUGAAAUAGAACGGUUUAAUGCCAUUAAGGUAAUACAAGCUUGUCUUGACAGAAACCCAGAAGCUUUUCUGCCAAAGAUUGGAAAAGGAAAACUUGGAGAUAUAAAACCCAGACAUAACAAAGGAUGUAAUUGUAAGCGUUCAGGGUGCUUAAAGAAUUACUGUGAAUGCUUUGAGGCUAAAAUUAUGUGUUCAUCUAUCUGUAAAUGUGUUGGCUGCAAAAAUUAUGAAGAAAGCCCUGAGCGAAAAACACUAAUCAAUAUGCCGAACGAUAUGGAGAUUAAAAGUCAUGAAGAAAAUGAUGCUGUAUCAUUUUCUAACUUAGAAAUAUGGUCAAACCCUAGAAAAGACAGGCAAUCGAAUACAUGUAUAUCAUGGGAAGUGGUGGAGGCAACAUGUGCCUGUCUUCUGGCACAAGCUGAAGAGGCAGAAAAGGAAUCUUACUCUGUUUGUUUAGCAGAACGAAUGAUCUUAGAAGAAUUUGGGAGAUGCUUAUCACAGAUUCUUCACUCUGAAUUUAAAUCUAAAGGACUGAAAGUUGAAUAAAGUAUCUCAGUUACCAAUCCACAAUAUGAUCUAAAGGGUUGCUUGUUACUGCCUUUGAUGUUGGUAAUAUUUAUUUAAAAAAUCAUUUGAUUUAUUACUGUUAUAUCAUGGCUACUUUUACUUUCAGUUGCAUUCUAGUUUAUGUUACCAUAGAUAACAUAGAUAAUAUUUUUUUCAUAUUAGCAACACCAUAAAAACACUGAAUGGUAUCAUUUUUCCCCAUUUCAUUUCAAGACUUUGUGUUACUACAGGCUCAAAAAAGACUGGAAAAAUAGGGCUGAGUCUAAAUGUCCCAGGUAACCUGUUUGAGUUUCAUAUGGUUCUUGGAUUAUUCUAAAUUCAUUAACAUCAAAUAGAAGCCUAAUAUUUGAAAAGUAUUGCUAUUGCGACUGCAUAUCAUUGUGAAAUUGGUUUUGUUUCAACCUAACAUACUCAUCGCUAAUUCCUCCUAAGGGUUAAUCUUUUCAAAGACUACAGAGAAGUUGCUUUACUAAAGGUGAUUUUUAAAAUGAUGUAUGUUAGAUGUCGUUUGAAUUCUUUUUAAUGUUGAAUUGUUAGGGAUUGAAAGGAACUUUAAAAAGAACUUGUAUUCUGUUCACUAAGCUUUACUAGUUUUGUAACACUAAAACUUUGAAAUAAGUUUUAUCUAAUAAACGUUCUGACUAAAAAAUGCAUUGCUAAAAAAGAAAAGAUAUAACAGAUGAGAAAGUAAUAGUUGUAGUCAUGACUUUUGAGCCACAACCCAAAUCAAUUAUCUGUUUUGAGCAGCAAAACUUGGCAAUAAAUUUAGUAAUAUUGUAUAUAAAAUGUCAAAGUUUCCAGAAUUUUCAUUUUUAAGAAACCCUUUCAGAAUUACUAAAAGCACUGCCACUACACUAUAAACCUAUGUAUAUCAGUGUAUGUGGUGAUUGCUCAUCUCUCUUUAAUAAAGUGGGGCAUUCAGUACAUAUUACUGCUUGCAUAAUAAAUUUUCUCUUCCCUUUAUCCUUCCUAUAGGUUGCACACACACAUGCAUCAUCUAUAUUAUUAUUAACAAUGCAAUAUCAACAACAUAAUACAUUUAUACAGAUAAAUUAAAGUAGAAUAAAACAAUAGCUAAUAAUCUGCUAAUAAUCUAGAGUAAAUUUGGGAUAUGUGGAGUUUACAAAAGGAGAAAGCAGUGCAUUGUAUGACACUACACAGCACCUUCCCUUUUAUAACAUGUAGUUCUUGGCUGAACUCUAUUUAAAUUAUUCUUUUUUAAAAAAAAUUGCUUUAUUUGAUACCUUUUAAAACUUUUUCCUAAUACUUAUUUUAAUUAAAUAGUGCAAUGUAUCACAAUACGAAUGGUACAUUGAUUUAAUAGAUCUAAUAAUGCAAUAGCAAAAAUCCAUCAGAACUGUAGACAUAAAUUAUCACGCAUGUGAACAUUUUUCAAGUCUAUUUUACUAGUGAAGAUAAGGUAGGGUUUCUACCUUUCUAAUGGGAGUUCUGUGCUUCCACCUUAUAUUUCUGUUAGCAAUAAGUUUUAUAGCACAAUACAAUUUUUGUAAAUUAUGAGCUUUCCUGCACUGCCAAAUGAACACCUUCUUACUUACUUCUUUAGGCGAUCCCUCGUAGUUCGAGGAUGAUUGUCUUCCCCCUGGGGGUGUGUCCGUAGAUGGCUGAAGAGACCUAUUCUUGACCCGCAUGUUCUCCUGCAGUGAGGGCAUCAGUUUCCUGGUGGAAAGCGGUCCCGGUCAGGGUUGGCUUGACGCUCCUUCCUCUUGGCAUGUUUCUCCCUUAAGCCCUCCAUUCAUGCCUCUUCGAUCUCCACAGCACUGCUGGUCACAGCUGACCUCUAAUUAGAGCGCUCAAGGACCAGGUUCUCAUUGUCUAUGCCACAGUUUUUAAGGUUGGCUUUAAGCCCAUCUUUAAAUCUCUUUUCCUGCCCACCAACAUUACCUUUCCCGUUCUUGAGUUCGGAAUAGAGCAACUGCUUUGGUCACCCACACCUUUUCAAUUAGCUGGUGGAGUUGUUGUAUCAGCUCAGGUCCACCUGUUUUGAAG